AUGACGGAUCGGCCUGGCCUUCUCUUGACUUCGAAGCAAGCCUUCAUCCUCGAGGAUCCUCCGGAAGGGGACCAGGCCCAAACCGAGACCUAUCUGAUCACCGGGUCUGCCACAACCAGCCCGCUGUCCGCCGCCGCAGUUGGGAAUGCAGCAGCGGAGAGCCCAUUCUUCGAGUUGCUGGCCAGUCAGACAGAGACGGCCAUCACGAUCCAUCUCGGAUUGCUGACCACGCUGCUCGUAGCCGUCCCCUCGCUCCCGGCGGCGGCCAUCGCGAAUAAGUGCAUCGAUCUAUACACGCGGUACGUCUUAGGGGCCUUCCCUCUGUGCCACGAGGCCACCAUUCGCGCCACCGCUAGUCGGUUCCUUAUCCCGCUCUCGGCAUCGGAGAAUCACGCCGAGAACCGGGCACUCGUCUCGCUGUGCUUCCUCGCCGACAGCGAACAUGAACGGAUCGGCGCUUUCAGGAGCAUCACGCUCCUGACGGCGCUCUGCGCCGCCGUGUCGUGCGUGGUCCCCGAGACUCUGCUCCCGAGCAAACACAUCGUGGCGCCACUCUUCCUCCGGGCCUCUAGGGAAACGCUUAGGAUCUACGAGGACUACGACCUCGAGCACCCCGACUCGUCCUCGCUCGGAAUUCGGCACUUCUUCUCGUCGGCUAUCCAGAGCGCCACCGGCCUGUACGGAGCGGCUUUCCACUUCCUCAACCAGGCGGGGCUCGUCGCCAUGAAGAUGCGCCUGUACGACGAGAGGUCUCUCAAGGGACUCGAUCCCGUCGAGGAGACGCUUCUCCGAAACACCUUCUGGCAGCUGUACGUCUGCGACCAGACGGCCCUGGUCAUGAAGGGCCGUCCAGUGGUCAUCCACGAACCAUUGUUCGAGACCGAGUUCACCGUCCAAACGCACUCUCAGACUGCUGUCCCGCUCUUGCUUCACGACGAGUACUCGAAUGGGAUAAGACUGGAAGAGUCUCUGUCCACGGGGUUUCACAUCAUCUGUCGGCUGUGGACCAUGGCCGCCCGCGUCAUUCGCGGUAUGGAGUUGCUGUCCGGGAAGAAGGCCCCGGACGCCGUGAUUAUCGACAUGGAGCGUCGCAGCGAUGCCGUCGCGCGCUUGUCUGCCGUAUACUUUGAGGUGAUCACGCUCUCGAGCGAGUUACCUGCUACCUCUGCAGCAGGCCUGCUCGACGACUCGUCUCCCAACAGCUACCAUCGGGAUGCGGAUCAGCACUUGCUCGAAAUUCUUCAGAGGCAGCGGACCAGCUAUUUGCUUACUCUGUACAGCAUCAAGGCUUUUGUCUUAAACACUGCCAUUCAUUGUAACAUGCCGGAGGUCGUGGGCAUGAACGCUGAGCCCAUGACUCUCUUUAUGAAGCAGAUCGAGCUGGCGAACGACUUUCUGCACUCCUUAGAGAGCGUCCCGUUCGUCCACCUCCAGACGGAGGGUGAACAUUGUUCGGAGAAGAUCAGACGGAUCGGUAGCGUCCUGCUCAAGAUAACCCACGACGCGACAGACGAAGUGGUCAAGACCCGGGCGAACCAGUGCGCCGAGCGCUUGGUCGACAUGCUUGCACGCUUAAACUCGAAAGCAUCAGACAUCUUGGUGCAGCAGAUGGAUUUAUAG